AUGUCGACUAAAAUAAGCUCAUCGAUCCCUUUAGUGGUCAACAAAAAAUACACCGAAAUGGUGAAACCCCCAAAACACAUACCUUCACACACUCUUUCCCUUUCAACACUUGACAAUGAUCCUUACAACGAAGUUAUUUACAAAGCAUGUUACGUUUUCAAAGCCAAGAACGUUGUUGAUGAUAAUAACAAGCCGGAAUCUUUGGUUAGGGAGGCUUUGUCUAAUCUUCUUGGCUACUACUACCCACUCUCGGGAACUUUGAAGCGGACUGAUCGAAAGCUUCAGUUGAACUGUGGCAGCGACGGAGGUGGUGUGGCGUUCACCGUGGCUACUAUUGGAAAUAGGCCCAAAUACAAUAAAGCCCAAGACAAAAUAUAG